ACAACCUGCUUAGUCCUGCUGGCCCGUGCCACUCAGGUCAACACUACACCCCCAACAAAGCCAGACUCCCACGGUGAGCCCCCCACUGAGAGACAACACAAUGGCACAUUAGUCAGUCGGCGACCGCAAACAGAUAGACAGAAAUUGCCGUCCUGAUUCACUUCCACCAGAUUUUCACUCCUUCGGUGACCUCACAACCUUUUCUGUUCGGAACCGGGGGAGGUCGAGAAUUUGUUGUCCAUCAAGUUACGAUGGCAGAGAUAUCGAUGCCAUAGAUGAAAGUAAACACUGGUAUCAAGUGGGAGGGUUGAAGGAGAGUGAAAGCUAAAGGACAGAGAGAAUGGUGAUAGCACCACACUGAAGAUGAUGCAACUCACUUGAUACCUCAACAACUGAACGGGUCGAGGGAAUGAAUUAAAGACUGCAGACAAAAGGCCGGGCAUGGCUACUCUUCGAUUUACAAGCGUCCUAGUUUGUGCUAUUUUACUCGGACAAGGAUCCUCUGAGAAAACAGCAAGCGAUAGAGAACAGCGAAGAGAUGCCAUUUUUAAGGAGCUCCUAUCCAAACUGAAUAAAGAAGGUACUCGGAACCCGCAAAAGGGCUCUCGGGAAACAAACAAGGAUGUAGUUAUGCUCCCUUGGGUGAAUAGCGUUCUGGGGGGCCUUCAAACAUUGAGUGGAUUAUUUCCUGGUACGAACCUGGCUUCACUAAACCAGCCGAUUGAUCGUCGUCGUCUCUCGGGCUUCCUGUACAACAUCUCUCAGUACCUCCAAGAAAUGAGUUCAGGGCUGGAGGAGGCACCCUUUGAUUUGGAUGACGAACAUCUGUGGGAGAAAGUGCUCUAUUUUUUUCUGCAAUCCGAAGGCAGCGCUGCACAGAGCCAGUGGAACGGCCGAGUGCCGCCUCGACCCAGCAUCCAAGUGAAAGACUGGUUUCUGUCCCUGAGAGGUAGCCCCCAUUGGGACUGGCUUCUCGGGCUCCUGCAGAGCCUCACGACCCUCCUGCAGCGUCAGCCUCACAAGCCCAUUCUGACUUUGUUAUCGCAGAACUGGAGGACGGUGAGCGCUGUGCUGGAGGCCGCUUUCCAGGCGCUGAUAAGCGGGACUUACGGACAAGCCAGCGCUGGCCUGCAGGGUUUCAUUUGCGCACUGAAAGGUCACACUGACUGCCCUUUCGGCGUCGGCUGGCUGCAGUACGUGCUCCGCUUCUUGGAAACACACAGCUGGACUCCCGUGGUCAGUUUGCACCCGGCGGGGGCUGAUGCUGAACACAACAGGAGAGGCUCGGGUGGACGUAUUAAGCCAUUCAGCUUGCCCCCUGAAGUCCUGAAGCAGGAUGCAUCACUAAAAAAUCAUUUUCAGGAUGACGUAAGCGCAACGCAGGAUGAUCCAGAUUCCAUGCGAAAUGAAUUCUUGCAAGCGCUGACACGCUCAAGUGGAGGCAAUUUGGCCCAGGAAAAUUUAGCACUUGUGCAAAGUUUGGAUAGGCUCAGGAUGGGGCUUCUGCACAGAGUGGGCAGUUCUGUUUAUGGUAACUUGAGGAAGAAAGUGUCACAGCUUACCAUGGCAAUGCUCGAUGAUGUCAACAAUGUGGCGGACGCACCCCAGUCCAGUAGAAGGAGACAAUGCUCAGUUGGCGACCUGAGGAAGUUAAUCUUAUGGGGAAUAAGACAUAAUGUGACAUGGAACACGCAAGCUUUGGGCGUUAGCACCCAGGGUAUCCCAAGCUCUCUGUCAUUCCUGUCCUGCCCCCCCAGUGAUGAAAAUAGCUUCGGACAAACACCUCCCCACUCACCUCUGAAAUCCUCACCUUCCCAUCAAAUCAAUCCAAAAGGCCAUCAUGAUCAGCGCAAUCAGCAUCAACCAAGAAGUGAGAGUGACCUCCAAAAAGAGAUGGAGGACUCAACCACUGCAGAAAUUCUGGAGGCGGCGUGCAAUGAAUCCAUUCCAGGACUGAGUGGUGUCUCCAACUUCACAGUGUUCCUCUACUGUAAACUUUUGGAAUGGGAAAACGGGUCAGUGAGUCCCACGGAUGGUGAAAUGGGUCUGGACCUGCAUGUCACAUGCUCUGAUGCUGCUUGGUACCUGGCUGCGGCUGAGGAGGAUUUCCUGUGGGUUCAUUUGUGCAGUGAGUUCUUUGCAUAUGAAUUCAACAACACGGUCUGUGCCAAUUCCACUUUCUGGCUCCACAAAGCACCUCAGGCUACCAGGACACACAACUAUAAUGCAUUUAACCAGACAAGUAUAAAGCAGCUAUGCGUGCACCUAUCAAGCGGUACAACAGGAAGUCCAGCGCCUGUGGAAGGCUGUCUACCUCAGUCGGGCAGCAGGUUUGUGAGUGCCCAGGCUUUCCGGCGUUGCUUCCUACCCAACAGUUCAGCCCUUAUCUCAUCGUUGUGUGGGAGAGAACACCCAGAUUCCCACCGCUCCUUCCCAGAGGGCAGCUGGGCCGCGAUGUACUGCUUUCGACAACACAACCUCUCCCGUGUCGAUGCCACAGAGGAGGCUUGUGAGUACAACGAGUGGGCUGUGCCGACAUUCUUCAAUGUGACCAUGCUGGAAGCGUGUUGGCAGACACGUGGACUGAGAGAGCACAUGUGCUUGAAUGCAUCGCUCUACCAACAGCUGCUGAAAUCAAUGCCCAGCUUGUAUGACGUUUGUGCUGAUCUGCAAGCAGAGGUAGAGGACAGCAAGUGCUUACUCCAGAGGUUUUUUGACAUGCUCCCAGCCCAGUAUGCGUUUGACACAUCACAGCUGUGCGUAAACCCGGCCCCUCUGAUGUUGGAUGUCUUACACAAGCUCAGCGUGUGUCAAGUUGAAGGAGGGGAGAACCAGUGGUUUUUUGUGACGCUCGGAUAUGUGUUGAGAGUACUGGACUUCAUGGUCGGCCUCUCUUCGGGUCUGGAUGAAGGGGAGGGAGAGGCCAGGCAAGGUUUGGGUCAAGCCAUCCUCCUCUCCAGUCUCCUUGACAACGCAUCCUGGAGUGCGAUGCAGCCGGAGGCUUCCACCAGUGUACUUCACACUGUGGGAGUCUUCCUGCUUCGGGAGCAGAACAUGAGCCUCAAAGAGGACCUGCUGAGUUGUUUCAGUCCUGUCUUGUGGCACCUCAUUGAGCAGGACAACAACUCAUCAGCUCUCAGGGUUCUGUUACAGGAAUACCUCCAGAUGCCUGAAGAUAGCAUUCACACUCUUGUGAUGGCCGCUGAGAAAGAUGCCGUCAAGAGGUUCCUUUCUCAUAUGCAUCAAAGCUGGGAUCACCUUCAAGUUGAAACAAGCCGGGCUUCCCAAAAAGAGCUGCAGGCCAUGGAAACAAUGACUGCUGCUUUUAUCCAUAAAUUCCCCAGAGUGACUCCAGAACUCUUUGUGGACCUGUCCCAGUUCCUCCCGUUCAUGUCUGUCUCUGACAUUAUGAGCUUCCCAGCCUCUGUCAUUGUGAAUGACAGCGUGUUGGCUGCCAUCCGCGACCACAGCUCAGAGAUGAAGUCAUCGCAGAAAAAAGCAUUUGUCAAAAGACUUCUACAGUCAAGUGUGGUGGGUGAUGUCCCCACCUGGCCACCGUACUUCCUCAGCUCCAUCCUACCGCUACUGCCUUACCUUCCCGUCAGUCGUUUUCAGCAGCUGACGUCACGACAGCUUACCCCUCUGUUGGAGUUGCUGGGCAAUAGCAGCCUGGAUGGUGUGAGAGGACGCCAUGUUAUACGAACCAUUUUCACCAAGAACAACAAUGUCACUGGUGAUAACAUAUCAAGGCUCGGUGUCCUUUCGUGUUACUUGGAUCCACAUGACCUGCAGUCAUUUCUUUCGGACUCAGCUCUGUGGUCCACUCUUCAUAGGCAGCUGGUCAAGUGUGUGUCCAAGGGCUUCAUUAGUGCUAGUGGCAGGCUUUCAUACUGGUUGGUCCCAGCAAUGCGAACCUUGAAUGCCAGCAGCAUGGCUCCCGCAGAGCUGACUGGCCUCAGUGCUCUCCUCCCACAGCUAGGAGCGUCCUUCUUACUCUCGCUUUCUUCACAGCAGCUGCUGGAACUCCUCUCCAAACCAGGAAUAGACAGAUAUUCUCCAGCACAGGCUUUUCAAAUGUUGUCCAAGAUUUCAAAAGACACCAAUCUCACUGCGGAAAAACUGUGCCGACUGAAGCCAUUACACUCUGGUCUCUCUCCCACUGUGCUCAGAAGCCUCCACUGGUCUGAGAUCAGUGAAACUGCCAACUGUCAAUGUUGGAGAAGCAUGCUGACAGAGCUGACGCCUGGCCACAAAGCAAUGCUGUACGAUGCAAUGCAAGAGGCAUUGCAAAGAGACACACCCAACAUCACUCAGCAUGUAAACUGUCUCCUGUCAUUAAUCCCUCUGAGGAAGUUGACAGAGGCUCUGAAGAGGGAAGGCAUCCCGAGGGACAUAAGCGUGUACAAACACAUCAGCUGGUCACCACAGCAGGCUCAGCUUUUGUUUAAGUGGAUACACAACUCGAAAAACAUCACCAGCAACAUGGUGAGAGACAUGGGCCAGGUUGCAGUUGGAAUGACAUGUGACUUUUUGAGGUUUUGGAGCAAUUGCACUGAUUUUGCAGAGCUGCUUCAGUAUCUCACUAUAUUGCCAGGAAACUUGAGACCUGCUCUGCGAAAUUGUAUCGUAGAGGCAGUGAGAAAUUAUCCUCAACUUGAUGUCAGCACUUUAAGCCCUUGGUUUUCUGCAACCUUACCAGCGACAAUGAUAGAUGACCUUUCCAACACAUCCCUCAGGGCUGUUCUGGACCACGUUCAGGCACACUUCACUGAUUUCCUCCAACUACCGCAUUACAAGCAGACAAAUAUCGCUGAGAAGGCUGGUUCCUCUUCCCAUAAUGUGGGUGAGAUUGAUGGCUCCACUCUGGACUUUCUGGGUCCUCUUCUGCCUUUCCUGGAUAGAGACAGUUUGUCUCUGGUAGACAAAGGUGCUCUGGCUUUGCGGCUGGAGGACAUGAGGAGCUUCUGUCUUCCCAAAGAAGCUCUGAGAGACAUCAGCGCCCUGCUCACACAGAAAGACUUCAUGGGGGAACCAUCCAAGUGGCAAACUGGAGACAUUGAACAUUUGGGAAGGCUGGUGUUCUCCCUGUCAACAAAAGAGAUUAACUCCAUCCCAGUGAAAGUCUUGAAGAAAGACACCGUGGAACAGGUUCUCUUGAGUCAAAAGCGCUGGGAGGAGAGCGCGGUGGGUGUCAUCUGUUUGAAGUGGCGCAUGGACCAACGUCGUCAGCGAGAGAAGACCCAAAGUCUCAUAAGAGGGAUAGUAAAAGUCCAAGGCAGUGGCGCAAAAAUCCCUAGCUGUGCAGACAUCAGAGGUACGUUCCCUUCCGCAUGGACAUCGUCUCAAUUGAGCCGCAUGUCACAAGUCGACCUCAAAGAGUGUGUAGAAGUCUUCAGCUGGGAUAUGUCAUUAAGCUCCGAGCAGCGCCGGGCGCUCUGGGUCAAACUUAGGCAGGCAUUCAGUCCAGCGAGUGAGCUGAGAACAGAGGAGAUUUUGGCUCUCGGUUCUCUGGUGACUGAGAUGACGGUUAGAGAACUGCAUGACAUCUCUUUGAGUGACCUGGCUGUUUUGGCCCAUUUGGGGACACUGUCAUCCUGGCGCCCGAAGAAGAUGAGAGCGGUAAUUUUGGGCGUGUUGCGCAAGCGCAACCUGAAAAUCGAAGAGUUAUCAGCUGUCGAUUUGGCAACAUUUGGCCAUCUGAUCUGUGGACUGGAUCCCUCAGAGAUUAAACGAAUGAAUGCUUACAACCUCAGCAUGGCCGUCCGGUUCCUGCGGGAAAUGUCCUUGCCAUGCAAAGAAGAGCAGAUGGAAGCUUUGACAAGUCGUUUGUCCAGACCUGAGGCCUUUGGUCCAGUCAGUGCUUGGGGAUCUGAAGUUUUCACAGAAAUUGGGACACUGGCAGUGGGCCUGGAAGACAUUGUUUUGUCAGCUCUGACACGAGAACAAGUGGAAGGCAUCACCAUUGAAGCAUUCGUCCUGCUGUCACCCAAAAAGAUGGCAGUGGUGUUCAGUGCCAUUCAGUUGUCCUGGUUGAGUGCUGAGCAGGCGUGGGCCAUCACUGAGGACCAAUGGACGGAGCUGGACAACGAUCAGAGACUAGCGGUCAGACUUGCUCGUUAUGAAGGAGAUGUACAGUUUGAGCUGAGAGGGAGAAACUCGGCUGCAGCAGGCCUGAACACAUACUGCUUUGCUUUCAGCUUUGUGGCUCCAAGUCUCUGGUUCUGGCAUCUCAUCUAAAAUGCUUCCGAAUGGUUAAUUAGAAUUUGACCUCCCUUUUCAUCCACACAUUUGUGCAUAAAAUAAACAUCAUGAUCUGUUU